AUUAAGUAAAUUAAAGAUUACCGAAAAGCUAGGAUUAUUAUAAUGAUAUUAUUAAUAUGACUGAAAGUUUAAAUAUUUUAAAUCAAUGUGAUUAAUUAUAAGGAAAUUUAUCUAGUUUAAAAAUUGUUUUGAAUUAUUUUAAGAGUAUUUUAAGAAGUAAUAAUACAGAUAAAAUUAAAUUAUUUUUGGAUUUAAAAGCUCCUUUGUAUAUUAUAUCCUUAUUAAGUACAGAAGAUAUCCAUGUUAGAUAAAGUUUAUUAGAAAUAUUUUUAGAAAUAUCUUAAGGGUUUGCUUAAUUUAAUUAUUCUUAUUAGAAUUAAAGAGAAUUAAGAAGUGAAGAAAUUAAUAAAAACUUUGGUAUAGUUGCACAUAUAAAUUAAGUUUAUGAAGAUAAAUUAGACCGUAAAAGAUAUAUUGAAUGUGCAAACAACUACUACUUUUUACAUGAUAUUGUUAUGUAGAAGAAACUAAUUUCAGAAAAUUUUGCACCAUUGAGAAAUGAAGCUUUAUCUAUGAUUACUGCUAUAAUAUGGCAUAAAUUUUUCUAAUUAUUAAAAUUAAAAAUAAUGUAAACAAAAGCUAUUUAUUUACCUAACAAUGUACAAAUGGACAAAAUGAACAAUUUCAAAUUAAUGGAAAAAAAGUACAGAUUUUACGAAAAUCAAAAAACCGAUUUUUCUGAAAUAAUAGACCUAAACGAUCCUAAAAUAGACUUAGACAAACAUAAUAUAACGAAAUUAAACAUGUCCGACAGGACAGUUUACAAAUUUAAUUUUCCUCCUGGAGUUUAUAUAGUGAAAAAUUUAUUAUCAAUACAACAAUAAUUAGAAAUAGCAUAAUAAUGUUUAAAUAAUUAUAUAAAAAAACCAUAUAGAACGAAUCUAUUUAUAUAUGAGGAAAAUCCUGAUUGUAUACAAUCGAAAGAAUACUCUUUAAACAAAUUUUUAAUAAACGAUUAUAAAAAGUACCAUUUUAACAAAAAAAUUAGAUGGACAAAUGUUGGGGCUUAAUAUGAUUGGGAUAAUCGAAAAUAUCCUUCAUUUUCGACAGAAAUUCCUGAAUUAAUAUAAAACUUAUCAAAAAUUUCCAAAGAGUUAUUCCAAAAAGAGAUUCCUGAUGUUAGUUUAUAUGAACCAGAAGCUGUUAUUAUUAACUUUUAUGAUAAAAAAAACUAUAUGUCAGGGCAUUUAGAUGAUGGGGAAAAAGACUAAAAAUCACCAAUAUUUAGUUUCUCGUUUGGAGUUUCGUGUGUUUUCUUAAUGGGAGAUGUUAAUAAGGACUUCAGUCCAUUACCUAUUAAACUUGACUCAGGAGAUUUAAUGGUUAUGAGUGGAUAUAGUAGAAAUUGUUAUCAUGGUGUACCAAGAGUUAUAGAAAAGUCAUUUUAAUGUUAAUAACACAUAGAAUGGGUUAAUAAUAAUUUUUAGGAAGCUUAUUAAGACAUAGAGGACAAAAAAGAAAUUAAAUUUUUUGAUAAUAAUUUUAGACAUGUAAUUAAUUAUUUAAAUGAAAAUAGAAUCAAUCUUAAUUUUAGACAAGUUUUAAUUAAAGAUUAAUGA